AUGUCUACAACGCCCGUCCCCGGCAAUUUCGAUGAAGUGAAUAAGAGAAUUACGCGGAUUGAAAAGGAGAUUUCAGCGUUAACUGUCAUUACUCGUUCGGAGGCCUUGCUUGUGUCUUACGUCGACGUAACGAAGUUCGGUUAUGAAAGACAGAGUUACAAGCAAAUGUUUCUCGACCUUUCGAAGAAGCUCAUCGUUGUCGAUAUUUCUGAGAAGAUUAGAAGUGUGAUAAAACUAUCUUCGAACAAGGAAAAUGAACACCAGUUUGUGGUAAAUCUUCUUGAUGCGGAACUUCUGAAGUUAUAUUCGGGAAAAGAUUUCGGGAAGAAGAUUCGGGAAUUAAAUGCUGAACGUGGCACGAGGCUAACGAUUUCGAAGUAUCAAAAUAAAGUGGAACUGACGAAUCGCGAGAAGGGGCUCUUUUACAGGAAGAAGCUACUCGAGGUUGGCAAAUUUGACGGUAUGGAUGUGAAAAGCAUCAAAGUCAACAAUGAGGCUUAUCUGCUGAUCAACGGAACGAAGACCUCGUACAAGCGAAUUGAGGAGGUUGCCGGAAUCAAGUAUAAUGAAGCUGAAGGGAAGCCUCGUAGGAAGCGAAUUGGAGAGUUCGGCGGACCAAUCGACACAAAGAAGGCGAAGAAA